CGGAGCUCCGUAGGCGACUCGGACCCAGCACCGGGAUUCCGGGGGCGACGGUCAGGGGCAGGGGCCGAAGAAAAGGGCUUCGGGCUGGACGAGGGUCAGUCGGUCGCGGCGCCCGCUGCUUCUCAUCCUUCUUCUCCUCCAGCGGCCGCCCUCGCUCCCUGCCUCCCCCCGCCCCAUGGGGUAACAGGGCUUAUAGAAGAAAAAACACAGAUUUCCAAAUGAAUAACAGAAAGGAAGAUAUGGAGAUUGCCUCCCAUUACCGUCAUCUUCUUCGUGAACUCAAUGAGCAGAGACAGCAUGGAAUCCUCUGUGAUGUUUGCAUUAUAGUAGAGGGGAAGAUCUUUAAAGCUCACAAAAAUGUUUUGCUUGGUAGCAGCCGCUACUUCAAAACGCUAUACUGCCAGGUACAGAAGACUUCUGAUCAGGCUACAGUUACUCAUUUAGACAUUGUCACUGCACAGGGCUUUAAAGCCAUCAUUGACUUCAUGUACUCUGCUCACCUUGCUUUAACCAGCAGGAAUGUUAUUGAAGUGAUGUCAGCUGCUAGUUAUCUUCAGAUGACUGAUAUUGUGCAAGCCUGUCAUAAUUUUAUAAAAGCAGCUCUUGAUAUAAGUAUAAAGUCUGAUGCAUCUGAUGAACUUGCAGACUAUGAAAUUGGGGCUCCUUCCAGCAGUAGUACUGAUGCAUUGAUUUCAGCAGUAGUAGCUGGUAGGAGUAUUUCUCCAUGGUUAGCUCGGCGAACAAGUCCAGCAAAUUCCUCUGGAGAUUCAGCCAUUGCCAGUUGUCAUGAAGGAGGAAGCAGCUAUGGGAAAGAGGAUCAGGAACCAAAAACAGAUAGCCAUGAUGACAUUUCAUCACAGUCUUUGUGGACUAGUGACAUGGGAUAUGGGUCUUUACGUAUUAAAGAAGAACAAAUUUCACCAUCACAUUAUGGUGGAAAUGAAUUGCAUACUGUCAAGGAUAGUUCAGUACAGAACACUUUCUCAGAACAAGGCAUUGGGGAUGGUUGGCAGCCCACAGGCCGUAGGAAGAAUCGAAAAAACAAAGAAACUGUACGUCAUAUUACCCAGCAGGUAGAGGAUGACAGCCGGGCAAGUUCUCCAGUGCCAUCUUUUUUAUCUGCUUCAGGAUGGCCAUAUAACAAUCGUGACCCAAAUGCCGACUUGACAGUGACAGAACCCAGCAGCUCUGAUAGCCGGGGGGAGAGAGCUGACCUCUAUGCAAAUGCUGAUGAGGCCCUCCUUGGAGGAGAAGCUAGCUACCUGUCUCAGCCCCUCACCCCAGAGAAGGAGGAUGCACUGCACCAGGCUACAGCUGUUGCUAAUUUACGGGCGGCUCUCAUGAGUAAGAACAGCUUGCUGUCUCUCAAAGCAGACAUGCUAGGAGAUGAUAGCUCUCUGCUGUUUGAAUACUUGCCCAAAGGCACACAUUCAUUAUCUCGGCCUGGCACCAACUUGAAUCGUUCAUGGGGCGAAUUUGAUAGCAAAGUGGAAGCAUCAUCUCCCCAGCUGCCUUCAUCACACCUUUCCAAUCAGAGCCCCCCUGGGAUCUACCAUUCUGGUGAAAUGUCACCAGAAACUAUGAUCAAGGGAGAGAUGCCUCCUUCAGCUCAGGCCACCUGUAACAGGCUUUUCACCAUGUGGCAACUGGACACUGACACAGAUCUAAGUGCAUCAAGAUCCGAAGAUGUCUGUUUAAACAGCAAAACCCUCUAUCUUGAUCCUGGCUUGAAUCAGAGGACACUGUGUGGCUUCUGUGGGAGGGUUCUGGCCAGUCCAGGAAAGCUAAGGGAGCACAUCCAGAAACAUGCCUUUUCUAUGUUUCUCCCAAUUGACUUGAAUGAUUAUUCUCGACCUCUCAUCACUAGUUUGGCUGAUAAUGCACAGCCAGGUCAGCUUGACCGUUUCCAGUGUUCCAGGUGCCCAGCCAGCUUCACCUUGAAGUCCAAUAUGGAUAGACAUGAAAAAACAAUUCACUGCAACCACAAGAAGAUGCAGUGCUCUUGCUGCUUAAAGUUAUUUCGGGACAAGACAGACCUGAACCGACACCUUUUAUCAGUGCACUCAAGAGAACGUUCUUUUAUGUGUCUCUUCUGUGGCAAGGGUUUUGGUACCCAGAAAAACCUUACCACCCAUGUCAAAGUAUGCUACGUGGGCCCUUCCCAGGCAGUGACAGAAGAGCUUUCGGAUAUCAUAGAACCAGAUGAGGAAAGUAGUUGACUAACAAAAUGAUGAAAGGGGAAGUCAGAAAAUAGCAAGUCUGGUGGGAGAUGGACCUGAAGCUUGACUUAUUUCUUUUAAAUGAUUAGCCUUCCAUUUUGCAACCUUAUAUUCAGCUGAACCAGGUUUACCAUUAAGGGAAGACAAUCAAUACUCACAUGGUGGAUCAGGAGCUUCUUUGGCUCCAGAUGCCUGAGUUUAAAUUGAAUAACAAUCAGCUAGGAUCUUCAGCCAAGCUACUUUGUUAAGGUUGGACACGGCUAGAAGGAACUGAGAAUGUGACAUCAGCUGCAGUGGGUGGGGUGGAGCCCAGUCCCUUUGAUCUUUGUAAUUAAAGUCCCAUCAUAUUCUGGAAAACCAGGAGAGUGGAAUAUAACCAAAGUGUAUUGAUUUUGUGAAUGUAUUGAUACACGAGAUACCCUUUGUAUUUGAAGAUAUUAUUGGCAAUGAUGUCUGACUGUUAUGACUGAGAAGACCUAUUAAGAACCAAAAGUCCUUCCUAAACUACUCAUAUCAGAAUAUUUCUAAUAAUGGUUUUGAAUGCCCUGUGUUCUUUGGGUUCUAUUUUUCGUUAGCUAUGGUUCUAUUAAAUCAUUGUCCUGUUCAUUUAAAACAGAAAUUGCAUAUCCUUAGAGACUGGAAGGAGUCCAGGGUAAUGGUUUACAUUUUGCUAAAAACAGCCUCCGUAGUACAGGGGAACCCUAGAAAAAACUAAGCAGGUUAAAGCCAGUAUAAAUUGGUGUGUGUAUGUGCAUUUUUCAAGGGGGUUAGGAUACCAUUAGACCUGGUUGUCUUUCCCUACCACUUCCAAUAUAUACUUCUUUCUCUCUUUCCUUCAAUUUCUCCUUCCUGUUCACAUUAUCAAACUCUCUUCCUUUC